GGGGAGUUUGCCGUGAGGCUGCAAAUAAAGCAGAUGUGUUGUGAAUUUCAGUAGUGUCUAGACUUUCCUUUACCAAAGUUGAUGAUAUAGCAUUUAACCUGUGGUGUUUUCUUUAUUUUGCAUUUUGUUCCCCUUCAUCCUUUUUUUUUUUUAAGUACUCACAUAAGGGGAAUGAAAUGGAAAAAUUAAGGAAAUAUAUGUCAGCGAGAGAUGAGGAUCAGUUUUAUCAUCAGGGAGCUGUGGAGUUGCUAGUCUUUAACUUUUUGCUCAUCCUCACAAUAUUAACAAUUUGGUUAUUUAAAAAUCAUCGAUUCCGCUUUUUGCAUGAAACUGGAGGAGCCAUGGUUUAUGGUCUCGUAAUGGGAUUAAUUAUACAAUAUGCAACAACACCAACCAACUUUGAAAGUGGAACUGUCUAUACUUGUGAGAAGCUGAAGUUUGGCCCACCCACUGUACUUGUUAAUAUAACAAACCAAAUAUAUGAAUAUCAGUACAAAAGGGAAAUCAACCAACACAACGUUAAUGCUCACCAAGGCAAUGCAAUGCUUCAAAAGAUGACUUUUGAUCCUUCGAUCUUCUUCAAUGUUUUACUGCCACCCAUUAUAUUUCAUGCUGGAUAUAGUUUAAAGAAGAGACAUUUUUUUCGUAAUUUAGGAUCAAUUUUAACAUAUGCCUUUUUGGGAACUGCCAUCUCUUGCAUUGUUAUAGGGUUGAUAAUGUAUGGCUUUGUGAAGGCCAUGAUACAUGUUGGCCAGUUAAAAGGAGGGGAUUUUCACUUCACAGACUGUUUAUUUUUUGGCUCGUUGAUGUCUGCUACAGACCCAGUGACAGUUCUGGCUAUUUUCCACGAGCUGCAUGUGGAUACAGAUCUGUAUACCCUCCUUUUUGGAGAGAGUGUCCUAAAUGAUGCUGUGGCUAUAGUUCUCACAUAUUCGAUAUCUGUUUACAGUCCCAAGGAGAAUCCUAACACAUUUGAUGCUGCUGCUUUCUUCCAGUCUGUGUGGAAUUUCCUGGGGAUCUUUGCUGGAUCAUUUGCAAUGGGGUCCUCAUACGCUGUUGUCACAGCUUUAUUGACAAAAUUUACAAAGCUGUGUGAGUUCCCCAUGUUGGAAACAGGCCUAUUCUUCCUCCUGUCUUGGAGUGCCUUCCUGUCAGCAGAAGCUGCUGGUCUUACAGGAAUUGUUGCAGUCCUUUUUUGUGGCGUCACACAGGCCCAUUAUACCUACAACAAUCUGUCACCAGAUUCCAAAAUGAGAACUAAACAGUUGUUCGAGUUCAUGAAUUUCUUGGCUGAGAAUGUCAUCUUCUGUUACAUGGGGCUUGCAUUAUUCACAUUCCAAAAUCAUAUAUUUAAUGCUCUCUUUAUAUUUGGGGCAUUUGUGGCAAUUUUCAUAGCAAGAGCAUGCAACAUAUACCCACUUUCUUUCAUUCUGAAUUUGGGUCGAAAACAAAAGAUUCCCAGGAACUUUCAACACAUGAUGAUGUUUUCAGGUUUACGUGGUGCAAUAGCGUUUGCACUGGCUAUUCGGGACACAGAAUCUCAACCCAAACAAAUGAUGUUUACUACAACAUUGCUUAUUGUGUUUUUCACAGUCUGGGUUUUUGGUGGGGGCACCAUGGCGAUGCUCACAUGGCUUCAAAUCAGAGUUGGCAUAGAUCCAGAUGAAGAUCUGAAAGCAGAAACUGCAAGCCAGAGAGCGACUACUGCAGAUAAGAACACAACCAAGGCUGAGAGUGCGUGGCUGUUCAGAAUAUGGUAUGGGUUUGAUCAUAAGUAUUUGAAGCCCAUUUUAACCCAUGCUGGUCCACCGCUUACAACAACAUUACCUGAAUGGUGUAAUCCCAUUGCCAGACUGCUAACUAGCCCUAAAGCAUAUGGAGAGCCGCUGAAGGAUGAUGACAGGGACUGUAUCGUGAAUAAUGAUGAACUGACUAUAAAUUAUGAAGCCCCCAAUCCUGUUCCAGUGCUGGCACAGGCCAGAAUAGACUCACCCCAGACUCCAGGCAAGGAAAACAUUCAUGAAGGAGACCUUGGAUUAGGAGGAUGUGAACUCCAUCUUGAACACACUCCAGCACAAACCCAGUUGAAUUCAUUGGCAUGAGCAGUACAAAUGUAAUCACAAGAAAUGCAUGGAACAUGAAGGAAUACAAGCCAAACUUAUGAGGCAGUGUUGGUAAGAAGCUAGAAAAUGUAUUAAAAGCAUAAAUUGAAGAGAAUCAAAACCUUGUCAAAUGUAUCUUCUGGUGCCUGGAGAAAUGAGGAUUUAUCAUUAUCAUCAUCCAUAUCUGCUACACAACUAAAUGUAAUGUUUUGACAGUGGCAAUUUUUAUUAAUGAAAUUGAAGGCACUGUCUGCUACAGGCAUAUUACAGCUCACGAAAGCUCAUGCUCAAAUAAAUUGGUUAGUCUCUAAGGUGCCACAAGUACUCCUUUUCUUUAGGCAUAUUACAGAUGCACUCACAGCAUCGAUUGUACUUGGUGCGCACAUAAAGACACAGAUUUCUGAAUGUUCUCUUUGUUAAUUAAUUCAGGUGUGGAGGAGAGAUAUUUGAUGAACACGACCAUGCUCAGAUGAUCAUAGAACUUUUUACAAAGUUGCUCCUGGGCAGACAUAUCACCAAUGGGACAGGUGGAAAUUUCUUUUGUACAAAUGCAAACUUUGGGCAGCUACUUUCUCUGUACAAAGGUUUAAGACUCCCACUUAAUGCUUACAGCAUUUGGCAUUUU